GUUGUUCAGAGCCAGCAGGACCUGCAGCUGGAGCUGCAGCUCUCGGAGCAGCGCCCGGAGCAGCGCCCGGAGCCGCGGCCCCGCCGAGGGUCCCAACCGGCCGUGCCCGUCAGCGCCACGACCCCCCCCGAGCCCGGCCCGGGGGUCUCUGGGGUUGGGGGGGCCGAGCUGGCGCUGCUGCAGCGCCAACACGGGCUGGUGCAGGAGGAGCUGGGCCGGUGCCGGGCGCUGUGCCAGGAGCGGGCGCAGGAGGCGGCGGCGCUGGAGGGGCGGCUGCGGGACAGCGAGAGGGAGCGGGCGCGGCUGGAACGGGAGCUGCAGGAGGCGCGGGGGGGGACGGCCCCGAACCCUCUCCCUCCUCUGCCUUCGCCGGGGGGGCCCCGGGCCAGGAGGGCGGCAGAGCCCCGGCGCAGGAGCCUCCCCGCCGGCGACGCGCUGUACCUCAGCUUCACCCCCCCGCAGCCCCCCGUCACCGUCUCCUUCCACCCCCCCUCCUUCCCCGGCCCCCGGGACGAGCUGGAAUUCCGGGGGGCUGAUCCCGAGCGGCUGCGGGAGGGCGAGGACACCCUGGACACGCUCCUGGAGGACGAGGGGGGCUUGGGGACCCGCCACUCCCCCCCCGCCAGCCCCCGAG